GUGCCGGCUCUCCAUUGGAUUCCAUACCAGCCAAUCAAGCUGGGGCGAGGACUAGGGGGCGGGUCUUGGCGGUGAUUGGAGGGGAUUGAGGACGAAGCCCAAGAACCUGCUGUCAGAGGAAGCGUCAGGAUGUGACCCUAGGAUCCGGAGGCAGUGACAGCAGAGCCAGGAAUAAGACCCUGGGAUCCCCUCCCCUCUGACCUUCCCCAUCUAUCCCUGGUUGUGCUGGACCAUGGCUGAUGAGCAGCCUGACUUUAACCUGAAGGUCGUACUGGUCAGUUUCAAGCAAUGCCUCAACGAGAAGGAGGAGGUGCUCAUGGACCCUUACAUUACUGGUUGGAAAGGGCUUGUCAGGUUCCUGAACAACCUUGGCACCAUCUUCUCCUUCAUCUCAAAGGACGUGAUGACCAAAAUCCAGAUCAUGGAGAGGUUCCGCAGCAGCGACCAGAAAGAAAAUUACUCCAGCCUCCAGUCCAUGGUGCAGUUUGAGGUGGACAACAAGCUGGUGGACCUCCAGAAGCGCUCUGAGCACCCCGAAUCUGGCUGCCGCACCAUCCUGCGCCUGCACCGGGCCCUGCACUGGCUGCAGAUGUUCCUGGAGGGGCUCAGGACCAGCCAGGAGGACUGCAAGACCUCGGUCAUCUGCACAGACUCCUACAACACCACCCUGGCCACCUACCACCCCUGGAUCAUCCGCAAGGCCGUCACCAUGGCGUUCUGCACGCUACCUGGUCGCAACGCCUUCCUGGAGACCAUGAAUGUGGGUCCGCCCGAGGAGGCUGUGGAGAUGCUGAAUGACGCCAUGCCCUUUAUCUGUCAGGUCUACCAGAUCACCCAGAAGCUCUUUGAAGAACAUACCCUGCUGGACCUGCCCUAGCUGAGGUCAGGCCGGGACCCAGGCUGACCCUCCUACCAUAGCCACCCCUGCCAUCCAGCACUUACUGAUGCAUCAGACUGUACUCUUCCCCUAUCUUCCACCAAGCUUGGACUUGGCCAUCACAUCCAGGAAUGGGUAUUUGGAGGGCCGCGUGGCUCUCUGCAGGGAGCACCAAAGAAUCGUUGAGGAUCCUUGAACGGGAGAUGGUUGGAAACCACCGGGCCAGGUUUGCGUCUGGAGGGUGGCUGGUUUCAGCCCCUCCUGACCUGCCUGCUGUCUGAAGCAUUAAAAGCAAUCUCAAGUAAAAUCAUGUAGCCUCCGGGGAGGUCACACAACUCUACCCUGAACUCUACCCUCACUCUGCACAGCUCACUCUCCUAAUCAAAAGCAGAAAGAAAAAAAAAAACAAAACUUGGUACAGUUUUUUCUUUUAAUUCCGAAUCAUGCAACAGUGCCCAGGCCGCAGACCUAAGAAGUACAUACGAUUCAUGUUGGCCCAUUCUGGUUCCAGCUCCUUCCCCCCAGCCCCCACCCCUACCCCCGCCCAAAGAAGCAUUUUCAUAUUUAAAUAGGGAGUUGGGCAUGAGACAAGAAGCCAUUCUGUGGUCGAGCCCAGGGAGCUGUCGUUUUAAUUUCUGACCGUUUUGUCAGCCUCGUCUCUGAAAACGUUCUUUAGUGAAAUGUCAAGCCGCAGGGUAGAUUCCAGUUAUCUCAGGGACAAAAUAACUUUUUUCCUCUUCCAGCCUCUCAUUUACCUGUGUCCUUCUAGUUUAACUAGUAAAGGGUACCACCUCCUGCUUGGGGAUCUCUAACAAGGUAAGCCACAGCCCGCAGAGGAUGUCCUCAAGGUGCUAUUUGUUUGUUUGCUUUUUUUUUUUUUUUUGCGGGGCAAUGGGGGUUAAGUGACUUGCCCAGGGUCACACAGCUAGUAAGUGUCAAGUGUCUGAGGUCAGAUUUGAACUCAGGUCCUCCUGAAUCCAGGGCCGGUGCUUUAUCUACCGCGCCACCUAGCUGCCCCCGUUUGUUUGCUUUUAAAACAAAGUCCCCCAUGUGGAUCUCAGGUGUCUCACCAAAGACAGUGUUGGCAUCCAUCCACCGAUGGCAUUUUGUUCCGUGGAGGCCAGGCCCUGGAUCAGCUACCACGAGUAGUGAUGGACCAGCUAACAUCAGCUGAAGAGGCCAGUUCCGGGGUGCUGGCACACAAUAACGGAGGGUCAGGCGUGUCCCCACCCGGCCAGAGACCUUGGAUGUCUCCUGGUCUCUUGACAGAAAUGCCGUGGAUGCUGCAUCUUGGCCACAGAGCAAAAGGCCUGGCUGGCCCUCACCCAGGUGAUUACUUGAAAUCCUAGCGGCUGCUGAGCUGCAGUGUUCAUGGCCAGCUCACUCUCCAGGUCUGGACUCCACGCAUGAGAUGCCGACCUAAGGAAAAUCCCUCAGCAAAGCAGCUGUUCCUAAGCGCUUCUCCCCAAGAUUGCCUCCCUCCAGGGCAUCACAUUCUUUCUAAGACCAUGACCCUCUGGGGCCCGAAACAUAGCGCCCCCACCCCAGUGAGUAUCUUCUGAAAGGUGUGAGAAAUGGGGGACCUCCCGUUCUUAGAGACCUUUGAAGAUGCUGCUUUAUUGGAGGCAUAUGCUCUAAGCAACCCCUCCCACCCCAGAAAGGCCCAAGGGCCAAGGUUCCCACCUUGACUUUCAAACAGAUCUUCACUGGACUUGUGGCUUCUCUUAGUAGGCCCUUAGUUUAUGCAGUAAGACCCCCAGGACUGCAGCUUGGCCCAGUGUUUGGAAUAUGGAACGGGCCUUCCCCCAUCCAGCAAAGCUCCAGAAUCACCUUCUCCAUCUUUGCCCCCUCCAACCUCCCCUGGCUGCUCUUCUUUCCUGUAGUAGCCUCUUGGCCCAUGAGGUCUCCAGCCACCAGCUCCAGGGAAGAUAACCCAGGGUGCUAGCUUUCAUCCUCUGUCCCUGCCCUUGGAUGGGGUGGUAGCAGCCUUGGACAGAGAGGAUGGGGCCCUUGCAUGAGCUGUUAUCCUGAGAACCUGGAUGCUGGGAGAGGGUGGCGCUAUCCCCCUGCACCCUGAUUCCCUCAUCUCCCCAGAAAUGGAAGCUUACGAUGGGGGCAGGAGGGGUUGCUCCUGCCCCUGUUGCCCACAUGGUCUCUGAUUUGAUGGUAUGGAUGAAGUGAUCAGAACACUGGUCAGAUCUUGAAACCUGUGACCCACACUACAUAUUGGGGGGGGGGUGGGGGAGGGGAGGGAAGGACAGGAGGUCUGGGGGUUGCCUUGGGAACUGCUCCCCUGCACAUUCCCUGGAAGAUGCACUUUCUGCAGAGCUGCUCCUCCGUGUAUACAGCAGGACUGUGUGACUUCAUUCCUCAGGGAGAAAAUCACAGUAUAGUUGAUUAUUUUUGCAUUUAAAAUAAAUCAUACCUGGUA